UUCAAACUUUCAGAACGUGCCACCAUCAUCGGCUACCCAGUGCACAGUCGAUCUUAAACACCAGCGCCAUGAGAUUGCAGUGAUCUGCCGGUGCAGAAAACAAAAUUAAAGAAAAAAUAUUCAUCGAGACCUAACUAAAACCACAAACGUGUUUAAGAUUUCUUAUCAGUGCGAGAGUUCGUUGGUAUAUUAUCGGACGAAGACAGCAAAAAGGUAUCUCUUCCUGAAAGAGUAAUACAAAAAACUAAAGCAACACCAACGAAAUAAAAACAUUAUGAAAGUCGAAGCUACAGCAUUGAUCGUGGCCUUGCUCCAUUGCACGAUCUCGUUGGCCUAUGGAUCUAAGAUACUUGCACUCGUACCACAUCCCGGCAAAAGUCACUUUGACUUUUUUCGUCCACUAUUCCGAGGACUGGCAGCUGUUGGCCAUGAUGUGACCGUCAUAAGUUAUUUUCCAAAUAAAGAACCAAUUGCCAACUAUACGGAUGUUACACUAUCUGGAAUGUCAAUUAUUGCCAAUAAUAUUGACUUGAAGAUUUUUGAAAACGAACAGGAUCUCAUUGACUUCAAAGUGCCAACAUUCUUCAUGCUUUACGGAUGGGGCUUAGAAGGAUGUGAGGCAGCUUUCAACUCCAAAGCCAUAAAAGACCUUCUGGCCAAGAAGGAGCACUACGAUGUGGUGCUUAUUGAACAAUUUAGCAAUGAUUGCAUGAUGGCUGUGGCGCAUGUGCUGCAAGCACCUGUGGUGGCCUUGAGUAGCUGUGCUAUAAUGCCAUGGCACUAUAAGCGAAUGGGAAGCCCAUUUAUUCCAUCUUUUAUGCCUGUCAAUUUCCUACCACAUACUGACGAAAUGACGUUCUUUCAGCGAUUGAAUAAUUUCUUCCAUUACCAUGCUAUGAAUUUUUUAUACGAUCAAAUUACACAAAAGGCUACUAAUGAGAUGAUUAGAAAGUACUUGGGCGACUCUAUUCCUCCAAUCGAGGAACUCGUGCUGAAUACAAAUGUUAUGCUGAUAAAUCAGCAUUAUUCUUUAACGGGAUCAGUACCGUAUGCUCCUGGAAUAGUCGAAAUCGGUGGAUUACAAAUUCAAGCUCCAUCUCCUCUAGACCAAGAUCUCAAGGCAUUAUUAGAUAGAUCACACAAAGGUGUCAUUUACAUCAGCUGGGGUUCAAUGAUUCGACCUGAAACGUUAUCUCCAGAUCGAAGGGAAGCACUGCUAAGGGCUCUUUCACAGUUUGAUGAGACAAUUCUAAUGAAAUGGUCGAACGAAACACUAUUAAACCGUCCAAAGAAUGUUUUCGUGCGUCAAUGGAUGCCUCAGAGGGAGAUUCUUUGUCAUCCGAAUGUUAAGGUCUUUCUUACCCAUGGAGGCUUGCUUGGCACAUCGGAAUCUUGUCAUUGUGGAGUUCCUAUGGUUGUAACGCCAAUUUACGGUGAUCAAUUUCUCAAUUCAGCAGCGAUACAGAGACGACAGAUUGGCACAAUUUUGAAAUAUAAAGACAUGAAUGAAGAAGCUAUUGUCAAAGCUAUUAAGUCAGCUUUAAGUCCAGAAAUGCAGCAAAAUGCAAAAACCAUUGCCAUUUCAUUUAAUAACCGUCCACAGACACCUCUAAAUCUAGCAAUUUGGUGGGUUGAACAUGUUAUUCAGAAUAAAGGACUUUCUUUAGCGACAAACGAAUCAUCAAAUAUGUCAGCAAUUAUUUACAAUUCUUUAGAUAUUUAUGCAUUUUUCUUAGUUUUAAUUUUAGUUUUAGUUUGGAUAAAUAAAAAAAUUGCAAACUUUGUUUUAUCUCUUUGUAAGAGUGGUAAAACGAAACGUGAAUAAAAUAUGUACAAAAUAG